AUGGACAAUCCAGCAUCAAGUAACGACAUAAUUAGAAGAAGAAGUAAUGGUAUUAAAAGUAACUUAGAAGGAUUAAAAGGAAUGGGAAGAAGAAGAGUGCAAAUGAUUGAUAACUUGCGCAAAAAGAAAAGAUACAGGGAAGUGAAAACCGAAGCACAGGACCAGGAAGCACGGAAGCAGAAGUAUGGUAAACAAAUUGUCGAUGUAAAUGUAUUUGCAAGCAAAAACAGCAGCUGCAAGCAGCCUGUCAAUGAGUCCGCUAUCGAGAUGCUACUCUGCAUCAUCGGUCGCGAGAUGAGAGCCCAAGGGUUGAUUUGUGCGGAAGAGAAAACCGAUCAACGAGUAACCGAUGACGAGCUCCAGCUGCAUCUCGGCGUGCUGCAGCAGCAUGCGGCGUUGAUCGGCGGCCCUAACGCCACGUCGUGCCCGAUAUGCCAUAAGUUAUUCUUGGGUGGUGAGGCAUUAAUGGAACAUAUGAAACAUACGCAUAAAGAUCCGAAUGCGUCCGGAGUAGCCACAAAGCGACGCACAGCAAACCACCCUUGCCCAGUGUGCGGCAAGCAUUAUGUCAAUGAAGGUUCGCUGAGGAAACAUCUAGCCUGCCAUCCCGAAACCUCACAGCUGAGUACAUCACUUAGGAUGUGGCCGUGUUCUGUUUGCCAGGCUGUCUUUACGCACGAGUCAGGUCUUUUAACACACAUGGAGCAUAUGCGGAUGGAUCCUAAACAUCAGUUCGCCGCGCAGUACGUACUGUCUCGAGCCGCAGCAGAGAGGCGAGAACGGGAAUCUCUUAUAGCGGCUGCAGUUUCAGCAUCUGGCUCCGGUUUAUUGGGAUUAGGGGGCGGAGGUGCAUCAAUGUGUGCAUCACCAUCAGCCCACUCCGACAGUUCCUCAGGUGGAGGCCGGCUUUCCUCAGCAGGCUCUGACCCGGGGGCGGUAGGAAUGCUCAAUAACAAUAACAACAAUUGCACAAGCAGCAAGCUCAGCGAUAUACUACGGGCAGGGAACAACGGACAUUUACACCAACAAUACGGUGUCGAAGAUCUGCACAAUGUCAAUCGUAUGGCCGUAAUGGCCGCAGCGGCAAACGUUGCAGGUGGUGUUGACUCAAGCACGGCAGCUGCUGUACAAGCUGCGGCAGCUAAUCUUGCCAUUGCAAUGCGAAUGAACGCUGCUUCAACAGUCAACAAUGGUGCUGUCGGUCCUUCAGGAACGCCUCCAGGAGGUGCAGAAGCUGCUAUGAUGACUGCGAUGCGAGCAUCCAUGGAUUCUAUGAGAAAUAGUAUGGUAGAACAAAUGCAUCCUCACGCACAUGUGCAUCAUCAGCAGCAUCAGCACCCGCACGCACACGCACAACCGUCACCCGAAGCCGCGGCGAUACGUAUGCAACAAGCUGAAGCUAUUCUGAGGCAACAAGCGGACGCGGCACUACGCCUCGCAGUCACGCAAGCUGCUGCAGCUGCUGUCAAUAAUGGUAAUGAGGCAGCACGAAACCAUAAUGGAGCAGCUUCUGGUGCCGGAACGUAUCACUUGCAGCAAACAGGAGGUGGUACAACUCCUGGUACUCAGGGAAAUCCAGCACAACAACCUACGCAACAACAAACGCAGCAACAGCAACAAGCCUCGCAACAGCAGCAAUUAUCACCAGAUUUAUCAGAAGCGUUGCGCCUACAAGAACAACGACUGGAGCAAGCGCUCCGCUUGCAUGGAGGUGACCCACGAGCGUUAGGAUUUUCCCUAAGUUCGCACGGACACACACCACAACAGCAUCAUUCGAAUCCAUGAAACUUCACGUAUUUCUGAGGUUUGGAGGAGGAGGGGAAUGAAGGUGUGUUUAUACCUAAUGCCGACUAGACUAAUAGAUAAUAGAGUUAUGUUGAUCACGGAUGAGUGAUAUUUAGAAUAGUUUUAUAUAUUUAAAUAUAUACAUACGUGC